AUGCUUGGCUGUAAGAAACCAAUAAAAAACCUCGGAAAUUCUAAAAAUGAAGGUCCACUUGAAAUGUCUAGUAAAAAACCUAAAAAACGAGUGCCUGAUUACAACGUUGAACACAAAGGCGGAAUAGAUCCUCGAUUCCACGAAAAUUCCACACAAUAUGGACCAGCCCUUACAGCAAAUGCUUAUAAAUUUGUGGGAGAUUUGAUGAAGGAAGAAUCUAAAAUAUUAAAAAAUCGACUUAAAGAUCAGGAAAUAUCUCAAGAAGAACGUGAAGGAAUACUCGAAAUAUUUUCACGGAGAAAGCAGCAGAAAGCGACGGACAAGAAUUUGUCUUAUGAAAAAAAAGUUAACUCUGAUCUGAGGAAGAUGCAGAUUGAAAUGUAUGAAAAGGGAUUGAAACCUCGUUUUAUUACUAAAAAAGAAAAAAGUGAACUUGUUAAACAAGAAAAAAUGAAAUCUGUUAGUAAAUCGAAAAAUACUUUGUCCAAAUAUCUUCAGCGGAAAGAACGGAGAAAUCGCAUUAAAGAUCGUAAAAAAUAUGAAUUUUUAAAUUCUGACUAA